AUGUCUGACCGACAUUUCUUCAACAACCCUUCGCAGUUGGUUGACUGUGCACUUGAGUCUCUAGCUUUGACGAACCCGUCCCUCAAAGUCGACCAUGCAAAUAAAAUCGUGUAUCAGCAAGAUCCCCAGCCAGAUCAUGUGGCGGUCGUCUCAGGCGGCGGUUCGGGACACGAGCCUGCGUUUACUGGCCUUGUUGGCCAAGGCUUUUUGACGGCGUCAGUAGCUGGCACCAUCUUCGCGUCACCGUCGAUCGACCAGAUCCUCAACGGCAUCAUCAAGUGCAGCAACAACUCGAAAGGGGUUCUAGUUAUCGUUAUGAACUACACCGGAGAUGUGCUCAACUUUGGUGUCGCCGUCGAAAAGGCUCGCACAAUGGGCAUCGAGGUCGAUAUGGUAGUCGUCGGCGAUGAUGUUGGUGUUGGUCGAUCUAAAGGCGGCAAAGUCGGGCGUCGAGGAAUCGCAGGAACUGUUCUCGUUCAAAAGAUCGCUUGCGCUUUAUCUGCCCGAGGGGGGAGCCUCAAAGACGUUGCGGCAGCGGCUAGGCUGGCAGCUUCCAAUGUCGCUAGCAUUGGCGCCAGUCUUUCUCAUGUUUACGUCCCCGGACGUUCCGAUACUUCCAGCAGCCGUCUCGAGCUCAGUAAAGGAAUGGUACAACUUGGAAUGGGAAUCCACAACGAAACUGGCUCGAGUUGCGAGAAAGCCGAUGUUACAGAGCUUGUCGGGAAAAUGUUGAGACAGCUCCUUGACACAACUGACAAGGAUCGAGCAUUCCUCUUCGUCAAUGCCCCGAUUGUGCUGGUUAUCAACAAUCUUGGCGGUAUAAGCGUGCUCGAACUUGGCGCCAUCACAGCAGUGGUGGCUAGACAGUUGGCAUCCGAAUUUAACAUUCGUCCAGUCCGUGUCUUAUCUGGUACCUUCAUGACCAGUCUCAACGGUAUGGGGUUUUCAAUCACGAUAUUGAACCUUGAGGCUAAUAGUAGCUACGAUUUAUUGGAGCUACUUGACGCUCCCGCUGAGGCAGUCGGGUGGAGUGCUCCCAUCAAGUCCCAGGCAUGGGACACUUGUCAAGUGACGGUCUCAACCGGCCGUGAGGCUGAACAAUAUGAACAAAACCGUAGAAAAGCAUCUCAAAUCGAGAACGCUGCCAACGCUGGUACAUAUGACCCUGUCAGGGCUACGGAAGCCCUAGUGAGCGGACUGAGGAGGCUUAUCAGGGCUGAACCGGAGAUCACGCGAUUUGACACAGUUGUAGGCGACGGCGACUGUGGAAUAGGGCUUAAGAGAGGUGCUGAAGCAGUUCUGAAAUCCAUUCUGGACCAGCCUCUAGCCGGAAGUGCUGUAUUGGACUUGACCACCAUCUUGCCAUUGGUAGAGGCCACAACGGAUGGGACUUCAGGAGCUCUCUACGUCAUCUUCCUCCACGCUCUUCAACACGCUUUCCAGAGCAAAGGCCCGGGAGUAGCAACACCUCAGGCUUGGGGUUUAGCACUCGAGAAAAGCAGUAGAGUUCUAGCUAGAUAUACACCAGCACGCGUCGGUGACCGCACGGUGAUUGACGCCCUCGAACCAUUUAUCCAAGAACUUCUCAAUACCAAUAACGUGGUUCGAGCGGCAGAGGCGGCGAGGCGAGGCGCGAAUUCCACAAUAGGUAUGGAAGCCAGCCUGGGUCGGAGUGUCUAUGUUGGUGGCACUGGGUUUCAGCAGGUCCCAGACCCUGGAGCUUGGGGUUUGAGUGAGUUUCUCGUAGGGCUUGCGGGUUUGGAUGUAGACUAG